AUGGCCCACAGGCCGCGGGAAGUGCUUUCCAAGGUCGAACGUGAUGCGCUUAGAGAACUCAAGGACGACAAUGACUUGGUCAUCGUGCCAGCGGACAAGGGACGCUCCACGGUUGUGCUGGACAGGACAGACUACCUUCAAAAAGCCAAAGGUUUACUGGAGAACCGACAGUUCUAUGUCCCAUGUGCAACGAACCCUGUAAAAGCGCUGACACGCGAAAUUAGUGCUACGUUGUUGGCCUUGGAGAACCCAGGUGCAAUAACACCGACCGACAGACGCAUGGUGGACCCCAAGAUACUGCUUUGGCCCGAUUCUAUGGCCUCCCUAAGGUGCACAAAGACGGCGCUCCUCUCCGACCCAUUUCAGCAGCACCGGCUCCUCGGGGCGGUACAGGUCAGCGAAUGUCAUCCUGCCGACAAAGGGCCGACCGAGAAAUCUGCAGAAAAAUACCUACUUUUAAAAAUGUAAUAGGCAUUCAAAGGAUAGACGCACGCCGUAACGACCCAGGAGUAGUUCGGAAUUUACGGAGUGAACUAGCACGGAAGGAUGUGACUGAAGAGUCACAAUCGCAUGGGCCAUGAUUCAUUUGUAUCAGGGUUUUCCGGCGUCAGUCCACUAAGCUGGUUUUGACGUUUUGCCUGCGCCGGGUGAACGGCCAUGCGGGCAGCGCACAGGUGAACACAGUUUCCAGCGCCACUGCUGGUGAGCCAGAUUUCCGAGCUGUUAUCACGCCAAUAACUGACGAGAUCGAUGAAAGCACAACAAGUGCCAACUCCGCAAAUAGCCAUCAAAUGAUUAUCGUAUCAUGCGCGGCCAUUUACUUUGAAUUUGGGAGCGACAUAGCAACUGCAUCCUAUGCAUAUUGCGUCGCCUGGGGAUCCACUGCUGUUACCUCUUGCUGUCUCGGAUGAUGAUGUGUUCACCGAUAGAAUCCACGAACAUAAUUUCCUUGACCAGUCUGAGUCACUGAGUUGAAAACUGCACGUCCUUGCCGUUGUGGAAAACGCACCCUUAGCUGGACGGUAGUUUUUGGUUUUUUUUGAGCCACUCUGUAUUGCACUUUGCAAUGAUCUUAUGCCGCCGCCUGACGCAGCUGCGAGGGGUUCGGCUCGUCAGUGGGUCCCCCGGCUUCUCCUGUGUGUUUUUUGGCAUAUAAACUCCGUCUCAACUUGCCUUGUUUAAUUUCCGAGGAAGUUAAUGCCCGAACUUGGAGUAAAUCUUUCGAAACGACCUUUUCAGGCACGAUCCAAAGUUUGAUAUGAAUAUUUGAGCUGAAAUCCAUCAGCUACUGCGGAAUAACCGCUUAAUAUUCACAAACCGCCAACAGGCAGCCAGUAAUGUAGAACUGAGCAAUGAUUUACCGUACUACGUUUAGCUAAUACCUGUGUUGUUAGUACGGCAAAUCAUUGCACAGUUCUUCACUGCUGGCUGCCUGUUGGCGGUUUGUGAAUAUUAAGCGGUUAUUCCGCAGUAGCUGAUGGAUUUCAGCUCAAAUAUUCAUAUCAAAUUUCGGAUCGUGCCUGAAAAGGUCCGGUUCGAAAGAUUUACUCCAAGUUCGCGCAUUAACUUCCUAGGAAAUUAAACAAGCCACUCCGUAUUUUUUUGUACGCCAUAAGCAUUCACGAUGUCAGUUGUAGCGCGUGACCUUUUGCGUCUCCACUUUAUAAACGACACCUGUUUUCAAAAAUAACUGUUUGGACGCCUGCGAAGCAUCUACGCACUCUAUCCUCCCUCACCCGCCCGAGCCCGGUGUCAAGUCACAGUGAAGAAGGCUGGAGGACGGAAAGGGUGCACGUAGCCUACGCGGCUGGAGCCGCCCUUAGGCGUGCCACCAAACUCGACACAGCGGGGUGAGCGCAGGGGCGGUGAUUUGCGCGUGAAUCGGUUUGUAGUGAUAGUAGACUUGCGCAGCAUCUACUCCACCAUCUCCUCUCUUCAAUUUGGCCUGGUGCCAAAACAUAGUUAAGAAGGUCGGAGGUGAGAGAGGCGCAGGUGGUUGGCGCGGCCGGAACCGCCCCUAGGCGUGCCGCCAGACCCGGCUCGGAUCCCGCGGAGUGGGAGUGCCAUAGAGGGUGCAUUAAGAAGGAGUCACUGCAGUCUGACUCUCAGUCCACCAGUCCGCCGCUCCACACAAACACACACCAACACUGGGCCGACUGCGAGGUGCAAGUUAUCCUGUCAGUUGGCAACCUUCCAAGGCACGGCUUCUAGUGCACCGUGAUAGCUUUAAGCGUGUCACAUUGCAGUGAGGAAAGUGCACUGAGUCGCUGACCUCAAUUCUCACACGCGAGUGCUAAGGCGCGCACAUUCACAUGUGUGAACUCAGUUCUUGGAACGGCCAUUACUUUUACAACCCUUGGCGAUGAGACUCAGUCGCCAGGGUCACCAUACUCAUUGGAGUAAAAUGUGCUACUGAACGCCAAACAGUAGCAUGACCGUAACUGCAAGUAGUUAUUGUUGUUAUCUUCUCUGAUAUUUCCGUGAACGAGUAACUAUCUAGAUAGAGCAAAAAACUGACCGAUCGUUGAAUCGACUCUCCUUUUGUUCGUACCCUUUAAAUGCAGACUAAGAAGUGUCAGGCAAAAAUGACUCUAACCCAAAUCUUCAACUUAACCCCAACCACAAAUGUGAUUGCGAAGAAGGAGACACGAUCGUGGGAACAAGGGCUUUAUUAGCCUGACGUUUCGUGUCUCUUUCUUCGCGACUACUUCCUGGAACUCGCCUCUUCGCAUCUUUUAACAAAUUUAAUCGUUUCCUUAAGCUCAAACCAAAGCGUAUACCCAACAUAACAUGCCUACGUAGAUCAAAUGGACAAGAACUAAGGUAUACACGCUUGAUAGUCGCCACGUUUAUCCUUAAAUAUCACGAAUUUGAGAUAGUUGACUAUGCUCAUAGGUCUAGAAAUUCCACUUACAUAAUCGCGGAUCAACAAGAAGGUGACACUCUAGUAAUGCUUUCUGUUAAGGAAAAGGAAGAAAAGGUGGGAUUCGCGAAUGAUCGACAGUUUUGAGCUGAUUCUCUAGUCCAUCAUCAGGAAUGUGCCAGACACGUGGAAACUAUGCGAGCAGUUGCACCGACCCUAAUGUCGUUGCCAAUCAUGGACCUGAGCCAUGUCCCUCUGUCUGCGUUGGGCUUGGAAGAAGUUAGGGAGAUUGAGACAACUACUGACCGAUUUAGGGCCGGGAUCGCAUGCCCUCAUUAACUCUCCUACAGGCAUGCUUCUGAUUUGUUCGAUUAUGGACGUAAUCUGAGCAUCAGGAUUCUGUCUAUUCGGCUCGAUUGGUUGCUUGUGAUCGACGAUGUCGACGACAUCUGGUGAUGGAGGCAUGGGAGUGGUCGUUCCCGCUCACUGGUGCACACAACUAACGAGCACAAUCCAUCCUUGAUCUUAAAGUGUGCAGUUUGUGUGGGGAUUUUCGCUUUUGAAGUUUGUGUGGCACCGGUGGAUCCGUAGAAAAUCGGUAUCUGUUCUAUGCUUGUCCACGUCCUGUACAUUCAUUCUUCAGCUGGUCGUUUGGUUGCGAUUGAAGAGAACAACGUCGGAGAAGACGAAACGACAAGGAUAGGUUAUAUGACUGAGGCUGAAGUCGUUGAAAGGCGUGACUGGUUCCUAACUAAAAAUGUGCCGAACAAUGCCCACUUAAAUAAAUACAGUCGGUAAUUCUGGACGAUAAGCCUACGCGGCCACAUAUGCUACUCUUACUGGUAUAAAUCGGCAGAUCCUAAAACGACAUUUCACCUGAUGAGGAAAAAACGGCGUUCAUACUAUGGCGCUAGUAACUGGUCCAUUUUUCCGAAAGACUGCACUUUGAAGCUCCCUUAGUGGAGAAAUUGUGCUGUCGAUACAAGCGAAGACGCGAGUUCGGGGAACCAGCUCACAAGAAGUAGAAGCGAUCGCUGGAACAAGAACGUUAUUCGCCUGACGUUCCGAAUUCUCGCUCGAGCCCAUCAUCAGAGACAGUAACAGAUACGGGUAAUUCGAGCACAGAAGGUUGCGGUAUUUAUAGGAUUCAGUCGCUAUGCCACUGCAUACCUAUGACAAUUAACCGCCCUUCCCUUCAUCGGGGAUGGUUGCCCGCUGGUGAGCUAAUUGCUUGAUGGUUGGCAUGUAAUUUGUUGAACUGUCAUUCCCCAUAUUGGACGUUGACGUGAUGAUCGCCCGGCAACCUGGCUCAUCGGUUUGCGCGCUCCCCCAGUGUCUAAUCACGCUGGCCAGACUAAAUCUCAGCACCGAAUAUGGGGUGGGGACGUCAUCGCACUUGAGCUCCGUGAACGAUGACUCAAGUAACUGGCGGCUCACGCGACUGCCACCCCUCACGAGCACUUCGGUCUCAUCGAAAUUGAAUGUCUGGCCGGGUCUCGUCAAAUGGGCCGCGACUUGAGAGUUGGCGCCUUUUCUCCGCACUGCUGCAGCGUGUUCGGCGAUUCGCAUUCGGAGCAGUCUUCCAGUUUCUGCGACGUAGCUGCUUUGCCCGCAACUGCACCAGAUCCGGUAAGCCAUUCCAUAUGUUUCUUGUCGCGGCAGCGGGUCUUUUAGUCGCAUCACCUGACGUCUAAGGGUUGUCUCCGGUCUGUGUGCAACUCCAAAUCCAAGUAGUUUGAGAAGGCGACUGACGGCCUCGGAAAAGUUCUUGGUGUUCGUGGCUGUUCGGCAAAAUGUUGGCUCGGUACGAUUUUGCAGUUCGUCUCGUUUGCGCAUUCAGCGGUCGACGAAGUUGCGUGGGCAGCAAUUUACUCUGAACACCUGUACCUGUUACUGUCUCUGAUGAUGAGUUCGAGCGUGAAUCCGAAACGUCAGGCGAAUAAAGCUCUUGUUUCAGCGAUCGCUUCCACUCCUUAUCAAAUUGUGCCAUUGCAGUUUACGAGUUGUUUCGAGAUUGCGACUGUGGUAGUUCAUCCCCAUGGAGCUGAGAGGCCUCGUCAGCUGCCGCGAUCACUGCAAGGCCAGGGCUCCUUCCUUGCUCCCUCUCGUUGUCCGCCUUGCGUACCCAAAGCCUUUCUACCUCGCGGGGGCAUUGACACCACCCACCGGGGAUGAUUGAAAUCUACCCCGAUCCACACUACUCACUUACUCUAAGUAACGCGCUCCCUUCAUCCAAAAAUGACCCCAGGCUAAUGUUUUCUCCCCAAAGCUUGUAAGCCUUUUUGGUUGGGACCGUAGAGUUGGGGUAAGCAAUUGUUACGAAAGCCCGAUGAGUGGAAAUGACUUCUUAGUCAAUGCCUUGUGACGGUUGGCUUUCGAUUGUUUGUGUGUGUGUGUCUGCGCGUGAUAAAAUGUACUUUAAAGGCCGAAUUGAGGCGCCACAAACCGGUUUGAGCCACCUAUCAGACAAUUACUUCAAUGCGGCUUCACUUCUCGGUUGUGGAGCUCCUGGCCUGCGUUCUGAACGCGUUGUCGUCGACGCCGACCGGACACCACCGUUCGGAUGAUGCCCAGAUCUCUUCUGCCUAUUCUUUUACUUCUACUGCCUGGUAAGUUAAAGUGAGGAGUGACUGGGCCGAAUUUAUUUCCAACCUUAUAAAAACACUAACAAUUCAUUACCGAGUAAAGAGGGUCGUGCAUAAUUUAGCGACUUGCAACAUGCUUCCUAGUCAGCUUCAGGGAAUGUACUCCCUUGAUCAUUCAUCCCCGGCCUGAAUGGUAAAUCAGCGGAAGUUGAAAACAGCCAAUGAGCAGUAGGCACGGGAGAGGGUUGAGGACAGUUCGGACACGUCGGGCAUGAGUAGGAGGAGGAGGAGGAGAAGGGGGAGGAGGGGGAAGAGGAGGAGGAGGAGGAGAAGAAGAAGAAGAAGAAGAAGAAGAAGAAGAAGAAGAAGAAGAAGAAGAAGAAGGAAAAAGAAGAAUUUGACAGUGACUUAUGCUUAUGUUUCGUCAUUGUAGCGCGACGUGACUUAGUGCGGCAAUGA